CUCACAGUCAUACCUACGGAAUAGAAGCUACAACCACCGGUGACUAAAUAAGUCACAAAUAAACACUGGUUUCAAGCAAAGACAAAGCGAUCAGAAACACUGAAAAUCAGUACAUUAUCUAUACAAUCAGGAGACAUUUUACGAGGAACGCAUUAGUACGAAGAUAAAGAUCUUAGUGAUUUGACAAAUCGGCGAUAUCAGGAUGGAGUGGCAGCCAGACGAACAGGGAUUGCAGCAGGUGCUGCAGCUCCUGAAGGAUUCUCAGUCUCCAGACACAGCCACACAGAGGGCUGUGCAAGAGAAACUUGAGCAGCUGAACCAGUAUCCUGACUUCAACAAUUACCUGAUCUUUGUCCUUACCAGUCUGAAGUCUGAAGAUGAGCCCACUCGUUCCCUCAGCGGUCUUAUCCUGAAGAACAAUGUGAAGGCUCACUACCAGAACUUUCCACCUACCGUGGCAGAUUUCAUCAAGCGGGAGUGUCUGAACAACAUUGGUGAUCCGUCCCCACUCAUCCGAGCUACUAUUGGUAUCCUGAUCACUACCAUCGCCUCCAAGGGGGAGCUGCAGACAUGGCCUGAGCUGCUGCCUCAGCUGUGCAACCUGCUCAACUCUGAGGACUACAAUACCUGUGAGGGCUCUUUCGGUGCACUGCAGAAGAUCUGUGAGGACUCCUCUGAGCUGCUGGACAGUGAUGCACUCAACCGGCCCCUCAACAUCAUGAUUCCAAAGUUCUUGCAGUUCUUUAAACACUACAGCCCCAAGAUCAGAUCUCACGCCGUCGCAUGUGUUAAUCAGUUCAUUAUCAGCCGAGCCCAGGCUCUCAUGGACAACAUCGACACCUUCAUCGAGAGUCUUUUUGCGCUGGCUGGUGAUGAAGACUCUGAGGUGAGGAAGAACGUGUGCCGGGCGCUGGUGAUGCUGCUUGAGGUCCGCAUCGACAGGCUCAUCCCCCACAUGCACAGCAUCAUCCAGUACAUGCUGCAGCGCACGCAGGACCCUGAUGAGAACGUGGCUCUGGAAGCGUGUGAGUUCUGGCUCACUCUCGCUGAACAGCCCAUCUGUAAGGAGGCGUUGUCAGGCCAUCUUGUCCAACUCAUUCCUAUCCUGGUGAAUGGAAUGAAGUAUUCUGAGAUCGACAUCAUCCUUCUGAAGGAGUACAUCCAGAAGCUGAUGCCCCCCCUCAUUCAGAAGUGGAAUGAGCUGAAGGAUGAAGAUAAGGAUCUCUUCCCCCUGCUCGAGUGUCUGUCGUCUGUGGCGACAGCGCUGCAGAGUGGCUUCCUGCCCUACUGUGAGCCUGUGUACCAGCGCUGCGUCACCCUCGUGCAGAAGACUCUGGCCCAGGCCAUGAUGUACAGUCAGCAGCCUGACCAGUAUGAGGCCCCGGAUAAGGACUUCAUGAUCGUGGCUCUGGACCUGCUCAGUGGCCUGGCCGAGGGCUUGGGUGGACACGUGGACCAGCUCGUUGCCCGCAGCAACAUCAUGACCCUGCUCUUCCAGUGCAUGCAGGACACCAUGCCGGAGGUCAGGCAGAGCUCCUUUGCUUUGCUGGGUGAUCUGACCAAGGCCUGCUUCCCUCAUGUCAAGCCCUGCAUUGCUGAGUUUAUGCCCAUACUUGGGACUAAUCUGAAUCCUGAGUUCAUCUCUGUGUGCAACAACGCCACCUGGGCCAUCGGAGAGAUCUGCAUGCAGAUGGGUGUGGAGAUGCAGCCUUAUGUGCCUCUGGUUCUCAACCCUCUUGUGGAGAUUAUCAAUAGACCCAAUACUCCCAAGACCCUCCUGGAGAACACUGCCAUCACCAUCGGCCGCCUGGGCUACGUCUGCCCACAGGAAGUCGCUCCCAUGCUGCAGCAGUUCAUCCGGCCCUGGUGCACAUCAUUACGUAACAUCCGUGACAAUGAGGAGAAGGACUCCGCCUUCCGGGGAAUCUGUGUUAUGAUUGGUGUGAACCCUGGAGGGGUGGUGCAGGAUUUUAUUUUCUUCUGUGAUGCUGUGGCCUCCUGGGUGAACCCUAAAGAAGACCUACGGGACAUGUUCUAUAAGAUCCUACACAGCUUCAAGGAACAGGUGGGAGAGGAAAACUGGCAACAGUUUUCCGAACAGUUCCCCCCCAUCCUGAAGGAGAGGCUGGCUGCCUGUUACGGCGUCUAGAUGCUCUCUCACCCCGCCGGCACGGGAAGCUUGUGUCAGAUUUAACCUUUAGGAGGGUUACCGGGGGAAACUCAUCCAUCUGUGUAUUGCACUGCCCUGAUUGUGGGGGAGAGGGACGUGAUUGGCCGCUCCACCUGACGGACAGACCCCACACCCUAUGUGUGUCCAUGUGGGUG